AUGAUAGUAGGACCUUCUACUGAUAACCCAGAAGAUAUUGUGUACAAUAACAGUACAGAAAGGAGCACUUUCUUACCUCUAGGUGAACAACAGCAACGGGAGAUUGAAGCUAUGAAAAAUCAACUGUCUGAUAAUGAGCCGAUUGAAUGGCCUUCAAUUGAAAAUGAACCACUGAAUGAGUAUAACAUAUCACAUUUGGCCACUAUGGCUUUCCCCACUUUAUUUCCUGAUGGGAAAGGUGACCCUACCAAUCAAGAACUCUUAAGAGAUGUUCCUCUUCCAGAGCAAAUAAAACAUCUUUUAAAAUUUGCGGAAAUUAUUGAAGGCCAAUGGGUAUAUCGUUUUGCAAACCACCCCAGAUUUUCAUAUUGGGCUUUUAACAUGAUUCAAAGAAAGCGAAUCUUACAGCAAAGUGGAAUUUUCCUUAAGCAAAACCCAGGUGAAGCACAUCUCACCAUUGAUGAACUACAAGAAAUGGCUACCACCAACAAUGCAAAUGCGUUUAUGUCUAAAGUGUCUAGAUAUGUUGGCAAUAUUGCUGGUACAAAUGCUUACUGGAAUAGAGUAAGGGAGGAACUCAAGGCUAUUAUAACUAAUGUUGGUACUCCAACAUUGUUUUUUACUUUUUCUUCUGCAGAUAUGCAUUCGCCAGAGCUACAUGAUUUAUUCAAAACUGAUGCUGAUAGUCAGAUUAGUAAUUCUACCAAUCAAGAAAGACGACAAAAUGUUAUUAACAACCCCCAUAUUGUAGACUGGUUUUUUAUGCAAAGAUUAAAAAGCUUUGUGAAACACUGGCUUUAUGAUACACUUGGUGCAAAAUGGCACUGGUUCGGAUAUGAAUAUCAAGGUAGAGGUAGUAUCCAUUGUCAUGGCACUGCUAAACUGACUAAUGAUCCAGAUUUGUGUAAACUAACUGAGACUGCCUUAAAAGGUUUCCUUGCCCAAAAAUUUAAAAAUGAGAAUGAGUGUCCUGACACAACAGAAUUAGACCAGGAUAUUGAAGCUGGCCAGAAAGCAGCUGAUACUGUAUGUCAGUAUGUUGAUUGGUUGUUGUCAACUGUCAAUCCUAAUUCACCAGAUAAAGACAUGUGGGUAAGACCUGAAGUACAUCCAUGUCAAAGAAGUCAUCGAGAUAUUCCUGAACAUGAAAAACAGUCAGAUUAUGUAGAUCUGUUAAAUAUGGCUCAACGACACACACGUUGUAGUACAAGCUACUGUCUUAGAAAAAAGUCAAAUGAAACAGAAUUGAAAUGUAGAUUUCAUUUCCCUUUUGAUAAUUGUCGUAAGACAAAAUUAGAAUUUGAAAAAAUUCACAGUUCAGGUGAUAAUGAGCAUUAUAGAGCUAAGAUUGUGACUAAACGAAAUUACUCUAGGUUAAAUAACCACCAACAUCUACAACUCCAAGGAUGGAGAGCUAACUGUGAUAUUCAAGUUGUUAUUGAUCACUAUGCUUGCGUUGAGUAUCUCACAAAAUAUGCAGCUAAAGGUGAACCAAGGUCACCUUUAUUGAAACAGGCAUUUAACUCUAUUGUGCAAAAUGUUGACAGUAAGACUGACCCUCGCAGAGCUAUUAAGAAAGUAGUUAUGAAAUCUCUUGGUGAACGAGAUUAUGCUGCUCAGGAGACAAUGCAUCAUUUGUUGUCUUUAAAACUUCAUAGCUCAUCAUUUAAAGUGAUACAAGUUAGUUUAAAUGGUUCACAUAAAGUACGUGACACUGCAAGUCUUCAAGAGGGUGAAUCGUGCACUGAUUACUCACUUCUCGAUGUGUAUGCUAAUCGUGAGCAAUAUGACAGUUCACAAAAUUUCAUGGAUAUGAAUUUUGUUCAAUUUGCUACAACGUAUAAAGUUGUUAACAAUGAACUUUCGAAAUUGCCAGAGAAUGUUAUACCGAGAAUUUUUCCAACUUAUUCUCCUAAUCCCAAAGGUCCAAAUUUUGGACUAUAUUGUAAAUAUCAACUUCUAAGGUACAAACCUUGGAGAACAACCCAAAACAAUGCGUGGGGUGACCAAGAAUCGACUGACGAAGUUCUAAUCAAUUCUUGGCAAGAAUUCUUGCAAACACCUUAUGGACAAUCUAAUGUCCCAGACUGGCUUGACAAAUUACAAGCUGUCAUCCAAAGUCAAGAAUCAGAAGAUGAACCAUCUGAAGAACAGGAGUCAACUUGA